ACACGCCUUCCAACCUCACCUCUGGAACCGCAGGGGUCUCUUCUCCCUCCAUGAUGCCUUAAAGGGACCUGACCUUCUGGCUGCCUAAGAAAGACUUCUACUUCCGCAGGAUGAUGCUGUUUAAGAAAGGGAGACUGCUGAUGUUCCUGUGUUCCCAGGUGAUAGUUGUAGCCCUCUUUGUCCAUAUGUCCGGCCACAGACACUUGUUCCAGAGGGAGGAGGAGUCCAGGGGGCCUGUGCAUGUACUCGUCCUCUCUUCCUGGCGGUCGGGAUCCUCUUUCGUGGGACAGCUUUUUGGGCAGCACCCGGAUGUGUUCUACCUGAUGGAGCCUGCCUGGCACGUGUGGAUGUCGUUCACCGGCAGCACGGCCUGGAAGCUGCACAUGGCUGUGCGGGACCUUCUGCGCUCCGUCUUCCUGUGUGACAUGAGCGUCUUUGACGCCUACAUGAACCCAGGCCCCCGCAAACAGUCCAGCCUCUUCCAGUGGGAGCAAAGCCGGGCCCUGUGCUCAUCGCCCGUUUGUGACUUCUUCUCUGCUGACCAGAUCAGCUCACCGAAGCACUGCAAACUGCUCUGCGGUCAGCAGCCCUUUGAUAUGGUGGAGAAGGCCUGCCGCUCUCACAGCUAUGUGGUACUCAAGGAGGUGCGUUUCCUCAGCCUGCAGGCCCUCUACCCACUGCUCACAGACCCUUCCCUCAACCUGCACAUUGUGCACCUGGUCCGAGACCCCCGGGCUGUGUUCCGAUCCCGGGAACACACCACGACAGAACUCAUGAUUGACAGUCAUAUUGUGCUAGGGCAGCAUUUGAAAACGAUCAAGGAGGAAGACCAGCCCUAUUAUGCCAUGAAGAUCAUCUGCCAAAGCCACAUAGACAUAGCCAAGGCCAUCCAAACCCUUCCUGAAGCUCUACAGCAGCGCUACCUGCUCCUGAGGUAUGAGGACCUGGUUCGGGCACCCCUGGCCCAGACUUCCAGACUAUAUAAAUUUGUGGGGUUGAAUUUUUUGCCCCAUCUCCAAACCUGGGUUCACAACGUCACCAGCGGCAAGGGCAUGGGUCAGCAUGCUUUCCAUACUAAUGCCAGGAAUGCCCUCAACGUCUCUCAGGCAUGGCGUUGGUCCUUACCAUAUAAAAAGGUUUCUCAGCUUCAGGAUGCCUGUGGUGAGGCUAUGGAUUUGCUGGGAUACCUCCAGGUCGGAUCCCAACAAGAACAAGGCAACCUGUCCCUGGAUCUGCUCUCCUCCUCCAGGAUCUUGGGGUAGGUCUUCCGAGAAGGUUAAGGAGGUCUGUCUGCACCCCUUGGUUCCAGCCUCAGUCACCAUUAAACACACAGAAGCUUAAGGUAUGAAUAAACUGAGUACCCAGUCCUUCUCAGCCCCAAGCAGAGGAGUCUUUGUGUCUAUGCUCAGGUCUACCCUACAGCGGAGCCUAACAAGCCAAGAAACAAUAUCUUUCUGUCUUGAAAAUACUUAGGCACCUUAAGCAGCCUCUUUGACCCGUCAAGCAAGACUACUGCCUUUCUUGUAUCCUUGGCCUUCCUGCCUGUGAAUUCAUCAGAGACAAUGGUCUGGAGGCCUACUGGACAGAGCAAGCAGCAUCCAUGGAGAGAGUCCGUAAACCUCCCUGUCCACAUUUUCCCAAUGAGAAAGGGGAGAAUAAAAACCAGGGAAACGGAGCUCUCACAGAAGAACUCCCAGCAACUUCCACAGAGACACAGACCCUCAAAGUUUCCAGAGGAUUUGAGGAAGCAGGAGCAGGGGUGGGUGCUUCUCUGUGAGUUUGCCCAUUGCACUAUCAGUAAUCAGGAACAGGAAGCAAAGUCCUGGAACAACAGAGCCAGAGCUCAAGUUCAAGGUGUGUCUGGUAUGGACGGCAUCUCUCCUCCUCUGUGUCUCCUGGCAUACGGGAUUCUGACCUGUGGAACUGCCCACCAGUAAUAUGAAAAUUAUACCCUCAACUUCCGUUUUGACUUCCCCGUGUGUUUUCUAGCUACCCAAUGCUGAGGCUCAUUCCCACGGGGUUCUAACAACGGACGUAAUCAUCUUUGUAGAGCUUGUUACUGUCUUUUACUAUUAUCUAACAGUGUAUAAAUACCAUUGGCCCUUUUGGAGUCAGAUGGUUAACUGAGUCUCAGUUGUCUUCAGAGUUGAUGGAAGGCAGAUGCCUCAGCGACUUGCCUGCAACGGAACGCCAUUGCAGAAAGCAGUUUGGGGGAGAACAGAUUUAUUUUGGCUUAUAAUCCUAGCCAGGUUACAGUCCACCAUGGCGGGAAAGGCAGGGUAUGAAGCUGGCAGAUCACAUUUCACCCACAUGUAGAAAGCAGAAAGAACAGGAGGUCGGGCCAGGCUGUAAAACCUGAAAACCCGCCCCCGCCCCCCCAGUGACAUAACAAGGGCAUAGCGAGGCCCCACCUUCUAAAAGUUCCAUAACUUUCCCAAACAACACCACCGACUGGGACAAUGUGUUGAAAUGCACAAGCCUAUGUGUGAUGUUGUACAUUCAAACUACAACAGCUGUCAACCAGUAAAUGAGCCCUUUCAUGCACAAUGCAAACAUUGUAAAAACGUGUGCAUCACUCUGGGAUCUCUGAAUAUAAUUCGUUUACUCUACUUCCUCAGCCAGUUCUAGUAGUUAUCUCCUCCUGUUUCUAGUAGAUGCCUCCCCUAAUAAGGAAAGUUGUUUUCCCAGUCUCUGUAGCUAUGCUUCGAGACCUGCUGGUACGAAUGCACACUGCCAGGUGCUCCCUCAAGUCCAGUGGGAUCAGAGUCUCCCUGUGGGAUUAUGGAUGCUAGCCACACGGCUCAGCAGGCUCUCUGGGGCCUAGUGACUUCCCCUGGCACAAAAUGUCCCCUAUGUAAGGCAGCAACGAAAUUCACCUCCUGCCCCCAAGACAUGCUAAACACAUGUCUUGCUUCCACUACUACCCCUGGGGUAAAAAAAGAACAAAGAUAGAUGUCUACUUAAGGAUCUGGAGAGGUGGCCAAGGUUAAGAGAAUGUACUUCUCUGGGAGAGGACCCGAGUUCAGUUCCCAGCACCUACGUCUUAUGGUUCACAAUCGCCUCUAACUCCAACAUGAGGAGCUGCCCCUCUCUUCUGGCAUCCAUAGGCACAUGCACACACAUUGCCCAUGUACACAGACAAGACCAACACACACACACAUACACGCACACACACAGAGGGGGGCUCUGGAAUCCUAUGAACCUCCACGCUAUGACUUUAUGUUUAAAAAACUCAUUUAGUCCAAAUCCGGCAGGUUCCACCAUUUUGAAUUUCCUUUCCACUUGUUAUUGUGCCUUGCUUCAUAAAGCUUCCUCAGUGUCAGGUCAGAAUUACCCCCCUCCAUUAUUCUGAGCAGCAACCAAGUGCCCCGUCAUCUGAGAGACUUGGGCAGCUAGCUGCCUUUGCUAGCAGGAUUGGAUAACAUUAACGCAUAUACUCCUGCCAUGGAGAACAUUUAUUCGAAUGCCAAACCCAAGCAACUCUCAGAACUCCUCAAGAGCUUACGACCUGGAGCUGGAGAGAUAGCUUAGCUGGGAAAUUGAUUGCCACACGGGCCAGAACCAGUGUUAAAAAGCAGGGCACGGUGGUGUGCAUCUAAGAUCUCAGCGCUGCUGUACAGGAGGGGGGUGGUAGGAUUCCUGAAGCUCAUUGGCCAGCCCAAAUGUAUGCACUCUAGCUAAAGAGAGAUCUCAUCUCAAAAAUUAAUGCACAGGGGCUGGAGAGAUGGCUGAUUUUCCAAAAGACCUGGGUUUACUUCCUAACACCCACAUGAUGGGUCACAACUGUCUGAAACUCCAAGUCCUUCUUCUGGACUCCAGGGCAUGCAUGUGGUACACAAACAUGUAUGCAGGCAAAACACCCAUAUGUAUAAUAAAUAAAUAAAUUAAGAAAAAUAAGGCAGAGAGCAAUGGGAACUUCAACUACAAUUUAACUAUCUCUAUCUGUAAUUCCAGUGUGGUCUUGCUUUCUGUGUAAUGACAGCAGUUGCUAACAAUUUAACAAAGUUUUAUUACAACUAUGUUUUUAAGCCUGUGAAUAGUAGCUAUAGAAAGGUAGAAUCAAUUUCUGGUGAUUGCACAAAGUCUGACUUGAUGUUAAUCUGCAGUCUUAUUUACUAUAUGGUUUGUUGUAGCUAAUCCUAAACAUAAUGUCUAUGUGUAUUAUUAUAAUUCUAUUGAAUUACUUUCACAGGCUAAGAAAGCAAAGUUUGACGAAUAACUAUGAGUGAUGUGGGCCACUUUGAGAUGAACCUCUGACACCUGUUGGCCGGGAAGGCCCAGUGUGCUGGCCCUUCGGCCAGCAACCAGGCUCAGGAUUGUACCGCUCUCUUCACAGACAUCUCUGGCCCACCAGAGGAAGAGUGUUUUCUAAACAUAGUAUGGUAGAAAAACAAUCGCCAAUAGCCUGAGUCUGGAUAUGGCUUUCUGUCGAGUAAGUCUUUAUUCUUUCCACGUAUUUAACGGGCUUUACAAUCUGCUGAGGAAUGUGCUGGAGGCUGAGGUAGAGGACAUGUCAGCCUGUUUGUGGGUCUGUGAUACAACAGGACACAGGGUCAGGGAACGAGGAGGGUGCUGUGUUAGAGAAGUCAGAGGGUUGUUAUCUCUGAGGGAGAAUCUCUCUAGAAAUAAGGAAGCAUGCCGCUGGAGACCUGGAAAUGGAUGCCCAGACAAAUGCCAGAUGCAGCAGAGACAAACCCACAGAGUCCAGGACGGCUAGGAUGCUCUCAUGAUGGUCACACAAAAGACACAGGCACAGGCAUGGCAGGAGGGACAACAAACCAAGAGGUCAUGAACCCAUGGAACUGUAUUGCCUGGUGACUCUGCUACUGCCGGCGGGGUUUCCUCGUGUCUCCAUGUUCUCGUUCAUAAGCACGGGGUGGGUAGCACACCCACAUCACCGCUUCCCAGGAGUCAAUGGAGAGAUUGGUGGGCACACACAGAGGGCAUCGGAUCCCAUUACAGAUGGCUGCGAGCUACCAUGUGGUUGCUGGGAAUCGAACUCAGGACCUUUGGAAGAGCAGUCAGUACUCUCAACCGCUGAGCUGUCUCUCCAGCCCUAACUGGGACUGGGAAUGUCAUGUGACUAGCAGUGCCAGGCAGCUCAGGUAAUACCGCAUCCCUGCUGAUUCCUGCAUCAGCAUCCCUUCCUGGUGCUGCCAAUCACACACACGGGAUGACGAGACUGAUGCUGGCUCCCUGGGUCUUCGGCCUCAGCGGCUCACAACAGGACGUGGUUGUAGCCUCCCCUACCAUGUGUUUCAGAUGGUUUUGCUUUUGUUUAUUGUUUGUGUGUUUAUUGUUUUUGUUUGGGGAUUAUUUGGGGAGUUUGGGGGCUUUGGGGUUUUUUGUUUUGUUUUGUUUUUGAGUCAGGAUUUCUCUGUGCCCUGGCUGUCCUGUCUCACAUUCUAUACCAGGCUGGCCUUGAAUUCAUAGAUAUCGCCUCUGCCUCUGCCUCUGCCUCUACCUCUGUCCCUGCCCCUGCCCCUGCCCCUGC